UAAACAGCGGGCUGGCGGCGUGCGCGGCGGAGACCGGAGUCGCGGGGCCACCCGCAGACCCAGCCCGGGCGGACAGCGACAGCCGCGCCGGGUCGGGAGCCGAGCGCCCGUCGGCGGCCAUGGAGAAGGCGCGGGCGCAGUGGGACAACCCGCUGCAGUUCGUGUUCGCCUGCAUCUCGUACGCCGUGGGCCUGGGCAACGUGUGGCGCUUCCCCUACCUGUGCCAGAUGUACGGCGGAGGUAGUUUCCUCAUCCCCUACCUCAUCAUGCUCGUCGUGGAGGGGAUGCCACUCUUGUACCUGGAACUGGCGGUGGGGCAGCGCAUGCAGCAGGGCAGCAUCGGCUCCUGGAGGACCAUCAGCCCCUACCUCAGCGGUGUCGGGGUCGCCAGCGUGGUGGUCUCCUGCUUCCUCGCCAUGUACUACAACGUCAUCAACGCCUGGGGCUUCUGGUACCUCUUCCACUCCUUCCAGAACCCCCUGCCGUGGUCUGUCUGCCCGCUGAACAGUAACCGCACAGGCUACGACGAGGAGUGUGAGGCGGCCUCCUCCACGCAGUACUUCUGGUACAGGAAAACGCUCAACAUCUCGCCGUCCAUCCAGGAGAGCGGGGCUGUGCAGUGGGAGCCGGCGCUGUGCCUCAUCCUGGCCUGGCUUGUGGUGUACCUGUGCAUCCUGCGGGGCACCGAGUCCACUGGCAAGGUGGUGUACUUCACCGCGUUGCUGCCCUACUGCGUGCUCAUCAUCUACCUGGGCCGGGGCCUCACGCUCCACGGAGCCACCAAUGGCUUGAUAUACAUGUUCACUCCCAAGGUGGAGCAGCUGGCCAACCCCAGGACCUGGAUCAACGCGGCCACCCAGAUCUUCUUCUCGCUCGGCCUGGGCUUCGGCAGCCUCAUCGCCUUCGCCAGCUACAACAAGCCCUCCAACGACUGCCAGAAGCACGCCGUCAUCGUGUCCCUCAUCAACAGCGCCACCUCCAUCUUUGCCAGCAUCGUGACCUUCUCCAUCUACGGCUUCAAGGCCACCUUCAACUAUGAAAGCUGCUUGGACAAGGUGAUUCUGCUGCUGACCAAUUCUUUUGACCUUGAAGAUGGCUUUUUGACAGCCAGCAACCUGGAGGAGGUGAAGGACCACCUAGCGUCUACCUACCCAAGCAAAUACAGUGAGGUGUUCCCUUCCAUUGAAAACUGCAGCUUGGAAUCGGAGCUAGACACGGCCGUCCAGGGCACUGGCCUGGCUUUCAUUGUCUACAGCGAGGCCAUUAAGAACAUGGAGGUGUCCCAGCUGUGGUCAGUGCUCUACUUUUUCAUGCUGCUGAUGCUGGGCAUUGGGAGCAUGCUGGGGAACACGGCGGCCAUCCUCACCCCUCUGACUGACAGCAAGGUCAUUUCCAGCCACCUGCCCAAGGAGGCCAUCUCAGGUCUGGUGUGCCUCAUCAACUGUGCCGUGGGCAUGGUGUUCACUAUGGAGGCCGGGAACUACUGGUUCGACAUAUUCAACGACUACGCGGCCACGCUGUCCCUGCUGCUCAUUGUCCUGGUGGAGACCAUCGCCUUGUGCUACGUGUACGGGCUGAGGAGAUUUGAAAGUGACCUGAAGGCCAUGACUGGCCGAGCUCUCAGCUGGUACUGGAAGGUCAUGUGGGCCGGCGUGAGCCCGCUGCUGAUUAUCAGCCUCUUUGCUUUCUACCUGAGCGACUACAUCCUCACCGGCACCCUGCAGUACCAAGCCUGGGACGCCUCCCAGGGCCAGCUUGUGACCAAAGAUUACCCCACCUAUGCACUGGCUGUCAUUGGGCUGCUCGUGGCCUCCUCCACCAUGUGCAUCCCCCUGGGGGCCCUGGGGACUUUCAUCACGCGCCACCUCAAGAGGGCAGACACUGCCCCGGUGGCCUGAGAACUGGGCUUCCUGGCCACUCACUGUCUUACAGACACUAUUUACAGGCAGAACCUCCUCGGCUGCUUUUUCCAAUAUUUAAGCCAGAAGUCCUCUGCCUGUCAACUUCCUGAGUCCCUAAAGCAGAAUCAGGAAGGCGUGGAGGAAGAAGACUCCCUCAGGAGGAGACACACCCCGGGAGAAGCUGCCUUUCCUCCCUCCGCCUGCCCUGAAGGCCAUGCCACCGCCCCUUGUCACCAAGGGAGGCAGGUGAGAAGGCCAGUCUUGACGACAAUUGCUUCCUCCAUUCUAGGACAGUCUUAGAAUCAGGGCACAUUGUGAGCUGAAAUUGGACUAUAAUUCUUAUGGGACCAAAUUUAAGCAAUUUGGUGCUUUGCUGAAGAGACACUAAAAUCUUAGAGGGUAAUCACUCUGUUUUGAAGUGCCUGAGGUGACAUAUUUGAAUGUCAUUUGUGCAAAAUUAAUUCUUUUUUCAGUCAUAGUGAAUAUGCAAUAUAUGUGUUCUCCUUCCCCCCUUUAAAUGCUAGUAUGAUUGACCAUAAAGAAAGAUGACCUUUGUUUGGGGACCCCAGCGGGGCUCACCUUUCUUUAAUCUAAGGUCUCUCGCGGUGGGUCCAGGAGCAGCCCUCUCUACAACAUUGCCCCCGCCACAGUUUGCAGCCCCAAACCGCAGGAGACUGCAGACACCUGCCAGUGUCUCAGUGCAUUGGCAAAGCUAUUGGACGCUACUCUGAGGAUGAAAAUGAAUCCCAGUUUCCCACAGACUUAAUGUUCUAUUUUUGACAUCAUGGCCAACUCUAUAAAGACCACAAAUAUCACUUGCAAUCAAUUUUAAAUUAUUUAUCUGUACAUAAGUUUUCUAAAAUGUAUAUAAUUCAAACAGAGCAUCCUGUAACUGAAGACACGCCGUAUUUAUGAUACAGUACUAGUCCACCAUGCCAAUUUAUCUUUUUUUUUUUUUUACUGCAAUACAGCAGGUCAGGGUUACCCCUAAAGUGAGAGGGUCUUUUCCUGCUGUAAUGGAACAGUGAGUGCUUCACUGAGAUCAUGGAAUUCAGGAGAGUCUUUUUGGGUAUAUUUGUAGACUGACACUUAACCACUCACUUGGGAUAUCAGCCGGAGAUACCUCUUUUUUUUUUUUUUUUCAUGCUGUAAACUUCCCUAGGGCAAAAACAGGCACUAGAAAGGCCUCUGCUGUCUCACGCUACCAUCUCAUCAAUGCUUCCAGCUUCACCUGAUGUCCAGUUAUAAAAAGAUCAUUUGACUUUCCAAUGUGUGAACUAGCAUUUACUUGCCACACAUAUUCAGUCUUCUGAUUUCUCAUUGGACGGUUCUUUAGUGUCAAAAGCCUCAGACGUGGAGGCUUGCUGAGUGGGCGCACUCAAUGGCAGACAUGGCACAGCAUCCGUUCCUGAAUCCUUAAGGACCUGUCCCCUCCUCUCAACCUGUACAUGUGGUCAUUGUCUUGUAACAGGGGACCACCAUCUCCUGGGGUCUGUCAUCAGGCAGGGUAUGUAAGCUCUGAACACCAGGUAGCCUCAGGAGUGAAAAGGUAAAUGUCCCCCACCUCGCCACCCACCCCAACCACCUGGGCGCAUUUAAAACUCCAGAUGCCCCAGCCACGCCUGGGACCAUCCAUCAGGCCUGCUGGCGGUAAGACCGGGGCCUCAGUAGUUCCUAAAACUCCCCAGGUGAUUCCAAUAUGCAGCUAAAUCUGAGAGCCAGGCCCCAUUUAAGAAAGAAGGAAAAUGGGUGGUACAUUUAGGAAUAUUUACAUCAAAAAUGACUUUUAAGAGUUUUGAAAGCAUUUUUGAGCAUUUCCAACUAUAUGGAAAAGCCACUUCUUCAGCAUAAUUUUUGCUCAUGGAAAUCAAAUAGAUGAGGUGCCACUAUUCCACUAUUACAGAAUAAUGUGUGUCAGAUGAAAAUGUUUCAAUUUUAAGUUUUAGUCUGGUUUCUGUGAACUUCAUGAAGAGAAGCACAUUUAUCAAUAAUCCUCUUGAGGCAGUAAAUCCUGUCUCAAAAAUUUUUUUGCUAUUUUGUAGGUACUACACAAAAGUGGUCAUACUGACAUUUGUCCACCCACCCUCCAAUAAGCUGGAGAGAAAAAGGGACAUUCCAUCCCUGCACACCUAACAGUCACCAUGACAUUACAGCCAGAUUGUGGACUCUGUAAAGCUUUCUAUUUUUACCGGAACCAUAACGAUCCUUGACUUAGCUCUAAGAAAUCAAGUAGGAAAUAAUUUUUUUUUUUUUUUAGCAAUUGUCAUAGUAAAUAAAACCCUAA